UCUCAGCCGUAAUUAUUUUGCACUGAGUUACAUCCCAGAGUUUAUGGGCUCCAUCACCAACUUAAGAUAUCUCGAUCUCUCCCGUUCUGAUUUUGCGGGGAGGAUUCCUUCAACACUUGGAAAUCUCUUACAACUACGCUAUCUAGAUCUUGGAAAAAAUAUUCUUUGGGGAAAAAUUCCCAUCGAGAUAGGGAAUCUGAAACACUUACAGUAUCUCGAUCUUGGUCUAUUCUAUCUUUCCGGAAAAAUCCCAUAUCAAAUUGGAAAUCUCAGAAAGCUACAACAUCUGAGUCUAGGAAGUAAUAUUCCUUUAUAUUUAUGGAAAAAGCCAAAUUAUAGUUCAAAAUCUCUUUCUGGAGCAAUCCCUUUUCGCAUUGGGAAUCUUCCAUUAUUGCAUACUCUCCGACUAGUUGGCAAUUUUGAUGUACAAGCUAAAGAUGCAAAAUGGCUGUCUACUCUCCAUUCCUUAACCAUUCUUGAGCUCAGUUCAUUGCAUAGUCUUAAAUCCUCUCACCAGUGGCUACAAACUAUCCGUAAAAUCAUUCCAAACUUAACAGAGGUAACACUAGUUGAUUGUAAUCUUUUAGAUAGUGAUAUUCAAUCUUUGUUCCAUUCUCACUCUUCAAAUAAUUCCACCUCUCUUACCGUACUAGAUCUGUCUUUUAAUAUGUUGUCACCAUCAAUUUUUCAAUUCUUGUUUAACUUUAGCCUUCAUCUUCAAGAGCUUUAUCUUUCUCACAAUAAUAUAACCCCGUCACCUUCUCUGUGCUCAAAUUUUCCAUCUCUUAAGGUCCUCGAUCUCUCUUACAAUAAUCUUGCAUCAUCAAUGUUUCGAUCUAAUUUUAAUAUCAGCUCCAAACUACAAGAGCUUUAUCUUGAAAAUUGCAGUCUUAUGGAUGGAAAUUUCCUUCUUUCAUCUACUUCUACAAUGAAUUCUUUGUCCUCACUUAUCUUCCUUGAUCUCUCCAAGAACUUCCUAAAAUCAUCUCCAGUGUUUUACUGGCUGUUUAACUUCACCACCAAUCUGCAUUUCAUUGACCUUGAUGGUAACUUGUUAGAAGGUUCAAUUCCAGAUGAAUUUAGGAAAGCCAUGAACUCUCUUGAAUAUCUUUCUCUCUCCAAUAACAAACUCCAAGGCAAGGUUCCGUCUUUCCUUGGGAGCAUGUGCAGAUUACAAAUAUUAGACCUCUCAAAUAACAGGUUAAAUGGUAAAUUUCCGAGCUUCACUCAAAAUUCUUCACGGUGCAGUAGACACAUAGUUCGGGAAUUGAACUUAUCUUAUAACCAAAUUACUGGUAGGAUACCCGAGAGCAUCAGACUGCUAUCUGAGUUGGAAAUCUUAUCAUUGCAGGGGAAUUCUUUAGGGGGUGAUGUAACUGAAUCUCAUCUUUCCAAUUUUUCCAAAUUAUUUUUCUUAGACUUGUCGUAUAACUCAUUAACUGUAAAAUUUGGCUCUAGUUGGGUUCCUCCUUUUCAAUUAACGUAUUUGCUUCUUGCAUCUUGCAAGGUAGGACCGAGUUUUCCUCGUUGGAUCCAGACUCAAAAUUCCUUAAUCAGUCUAGAUAUAUCUGAUAAUGGGCUGAUUGAUCUCGUACCGGACUCCUUUUGGACCAAGUUGCGAAUUCUGUACACUUUAAAUAUGUCUCACAAUAAUCUCAUCGGUUCAAUUCCUAAUAUGAAAUUGAAGCUUCCUUUCAGACCAUAUAUAAAUUUAAAUUCAAAUAGAUUUGAGGGUAAAGUUCCAUUUUUUUUACUACAAGCUUCCGAGUUGUUACUCUCUGCAAAUAAAUUUUCAGAUUUAUUUUCAGUCUUAUGUGGAAACGUCACAGCUACAAACUUGGCCACUUUAGAUUUAUCAGCUAAUCAAAUAAAGGGACAACUCCCAGAUUGUUGGAAAUAUGUACACCGAUUGUUGUUUCUUGAUUUAAGCAACAAUCAAUUGUCAGGGAAGAUUCCUAUCUCCAUGGGAACCCUUGUGGAAUUGGAAGCUUUGGUUUUACGAAACAAUUGUUUAAUGGGUGAAUUGCCUUCCUCUUUGAAGAAUUGCAACAAUUUAAUUAUGCUUGAUGUGAGUGAGAAUAUGCUAUCCGGUCGAAUACCAUCAUGGGUUGGAGAAAGCAUGCAACAAUUGAUAAUCUUGAUCAUGAGAGGGAAUCACUUCUCUGGAAAUCUUCCCUUUCAUCUAUGUUAUUUGAAACGUAUUCAAUUGUUGGAUCUUUCGAGGAAUAAGUUUUCAGAAAGCAUUCCAACGUGCUUGAACAAGUUUAAAGCAUUGUCUGAAGAAAACAUCAACAGAACUGAGAUUGAGAGUCGUAUUCAUUGGUACAACACUACUUAUUAUGAAAAUUAUAGUGUUUACACUGGUAGUUCUUAUGCGCUUCAAGUAACAUGGAUGUGGAAAGGUGCGGAUCGCAGCUUCAUACGUCCCGAAUUGAUUCUUCAAAGCAUUGAUCUCUCAUGUAACAGUUUAACAGGUGAAAUACCAAAAGAGAUUACAUACAUGCACGGUUUAGUUUCUUUGAAUUUAUCAAGAAACAAUUUGAGUGGAGAUAUUCCUUCGGAGAUUGGGAAUUUAAGGUCACUAGACUCCCUUGACCUAUCAAGAAAUCAUUUGUCUGGAAAAAUUCCUCCCACUCUUUCCAAUAUUGAUCGUCUUGCCAUGUUAGACUUAUCAAACAACCAUCUCAGUGGAAGAAUUCCAUGGGGAAGACAGUUGCAAACCUUUGAUGCCUCUAGUUUUGAAGGAAAUGUUGAUCUUUGUGGGAAACCGCUUGAAGAAAGUUGUCCUGGAGACGAGACAGUGACAAAGCCUAAUGGAGCAGAAGUCGAUGAUAAAGAUGAUAAAUCAGUUUUGUAUGGAGCAUUAUACAUGAGUUUGGGGGUAGGAUUCUUCACAGGCUUUUGGGGCUUAUUAGGUUCAUUAUUUCUUUGGCAACCUUGGAGAAUUGCUUAUCUGAUGUUCUUGAACAGACUUAUAGAUUAUCUACUCUUAAUGGUUGCAUUGAACAUAGUAAAGUGCCAAAGGUGGCCCAAAGAGUAGCAGUUUAGAGUUUCGAGACUUCGUUCUGAGAUGAAAGCAUGAUGGAUUAUUGGGAGUGUAACAUUUGAAGCGUUGAAGUUGGUAGUGACAAGUUGUAUUUCAAAGUAAUGAUUUGAAAAAUGAAUGUUUGAUGAAAC